AUGCACUGUACGACGACGACGACGACGGCGCAUUGUCAUCAUCAUCUGUCGUACCGUUCCCAUCAUUCCGUUGCCCGGGUACUUUCCUCCUUCGCGUCUUCUUCAUCAUCUUCUUCCUCGUCGUCGUCAUCAAAGUCAAAGCCGCCGACCAAAUGUUUCCCGAACUGCUCCUCGAAAGCAGCGCUAAGUUCUGGCCGCAGCACAAGCACAGGCGCGAAGAGAAACGACAAGAGGUCGAGAAGGAGCAUUUCCUCCUCCUCUUUACGCGCAGGGGUCGAUGAAGAGCAAAAGAACGACAACAACAACAAUAACGACAUAGAAGAUAAAUACAACGAAGCCAUGAAAGCGUAUUCAGCCUCUCCGUUUGAAUAUCAACACGAGAAAGGCUUGUAUUACCACCAGAUCACGGAUUCGAUAUUAGUCGGGACGCAACCGUGGGAGGAAGGGUCGAUUACGUAUCUGAAAGAGAAGGAAAACGUGACGGUGUUGUUUAACACGCAAGAAGACGGGAACUUUGAGUAUUGGAAGGUGAACAUUGGCGAGCGCGAGGAGGAAGCGAAGAAGGCGGGCGUGCGAUUGCAUCGACAACCGAUCGUCGAUUUUAGCUUCGAUUCGCUGAGAGAGCAGUUACCGGAAGCGGUGAGUGAGUUCGACCGAUUGAUGAAUCAGUCGGAUACGGAGGUGAUUUAUUGUCACUGCACGGCUGGGAUGGGGAGGAGUCCGGCGGUGGUGAUUGCGUAUUUGUAUUGGACGGACGAUAGAUUUGAGAGUUUAGAUGCGGCGUAUGAGUUUUUGACCAGUAAAAGGCCGUGUGGUCCUAAGAAGGAGGCGAUUCGACAAGCGACGGUGGAUAUUCUGGAAUCGGAAGGAGAUUCGUUGCCCACGAGAGAUGGAAAAAUGAAAGUGGACGCGGGGAGGUAUUACGGGGACGAUAGUAAGAAGUUGAAAGAGGAAAAUUUGGACUCGAGAGGGACGACUUGCGAGUGA